GGGAAGAGACUAGUAAAGGAAAACUAGAAGAGGAAGAAAGAGUGUGCUACGCAGUUUGUUGUUUCUCCUGCUCUUCCUCUCUCACUCCCUCCAGCAGCUAGAAAAAGUUCGCAAGCGCAGCAUUCGGGAUGGGCGAGAGAGCUCUUCAUUUACGGACCCACGAAAAGAAGCACCCGCUUCACCCCUCCCGAUCCGCGCCGCCGCCGUUUCCCCCCUCUCCGGAUGAUGGAGGGCAGCCGGCGAAACCCAGAGAGGAGUUAGACCUGGCGGACUCCCCUGGAUCCCGCAGGGAUCGAGGAGAGGCGCGCAGCUUUCCUUCUGUCCCGCAAAACCUCCCCUCCCUCCUCCUCCCGCAAAGAAAAAAGGAAAGACCGAACCUCUAAACCAACCUUACCCCUCCCCCUCUUCCUGGAGGAGCUAAAGCCGAAAGUACCGUUCUGUGAUUCACCGGACAGAAAAGAGGAAGGAGGCGGCCAAGAACGCCUAGUGCGCAAACUAAGUAAGUUAGCUGACAAAACGCACCCAUCUUUCAGCGCCUCGGCCGGGUGCGUCAACUCCGCGGAGACCAAGUGGGCUCGGCGUGGAGGGGCCACCAGGGCGGGGAACCCGCUUCGCUCCCCCACGCGCUCCAGCGGCCCGGAGGACUCGGCGCUCGAAGUUCCUGCAGAAAAAGGGUGGUUAGCGGUGGAAAGAAAUCAGGAAACUGGGCUUUCCCCCCCUCACUUCGCCGCCUAGUGUCGGGGAGAUUGGCAAACGCCUUGGAGAGGACCGGGAGAAAUAGCCCUGGAAAAGUGGAGAAAGUGGUCAGGAAGUCGGUCCACUUCAGGCAGCUGUUUAUCUGCUAGUGUACGGGCGAGGCGUGGCGGCUUAACUUCCAGUGCUUUCCAGGUGAGGGGACGGCCAGACUGUCGGUCCCACCCGGCCCGCGCGUGCACGCCCGCCGCAACCUCACUCCUCAACGUCCAGGGCGCUCUGGGCAGAAAAAGCCCCUACCCGAGGUGAUUCUCAAUCCUUUACUAGACUUCUUCUCCCGAGAACUUUUUGGUGGAGGCAUUGACUUUUUUGGUGGCAGCUGCUCAGGGGAGCGAGGAGGAGGAGAAAGUGAAAUUUGAAGGAGAAGAGCGGCUCCUUGUUUUUCAUCACUUCUAGGAGGUUAAGGAAAGUUGUUGGAUGUGGUGACAGCGGAGAGGGGCGCAGGACUUCUUUCCAGGUGGAGUUAGUCCACCGCCUGUUCGGUCGACCCCUCCCGCGUGCAUGUGUGCGCCAGCGGCGGCACGCGGUGCGUGGUUCGGCGAGUGGCGUCUCAGCCGGGACCUAAGUGAAUGGCCCCCAGGGGCUGUGCGGGGCCUCCGCCGCCUCCGCCUCCGCAAGCCUGGUUCUGGCCGGGAAGGAUGCUAGCCAUGGGGGCGCUGGCAGCCUUCUGGGUCCUCAGCCUCCUCACCUACGGUUACCUGUCCUGGGGCCAGGGCUUGGAGGAGGAGGAGGAAGGGACCUUGCGAGCUCAAUCUGGAGAGAGACCAGAGCCCAGCACGACGGCCACCUCCCAACCCCAUCUCAUUUUCAUCCUAGCGGAUGAUCAGGGAUUUAGAGAUGUGGGUUACCACGGCUCGGAGAUCAAGACUCCCACUCUUGACAAGCUCGCUGCCGAAGGAGUUAAACUGGAGAACUACUAUGUCCAGCCUAUUUGCACACCGUCCAGGAGUCAGUUUAUUACUGGAAAGUAUCAGAUACACACCGGACUUCAGCAUUCUAUCAUAAGACCUACCCAACCCAACUGCUUACCUCUGGACAAUGCAACCCUACCUCAGAAGCUGAAGGAGGUUGGCUAUUCAACACAUAUGGUUGGAAAAUGGCACUUGGGUUUUUAUAGAAAAGAAUGUAUGCCCACCAAGAGAGGAUUUGAUACCUUUUUUGGUUCCCUCUUGGGAAGUGGUGAUUACUAUACGCACUACAAAUGUGACAGUCCUGGGAUGUGUGGCUAUGACUUGUAUGAAAAUGACAACGCUGCCUGGGACUAUGACAAUGGCAUCUACUCCACACAGAUGUACACUCAAAGAGUUCAGCAAAUCUUAGCUUCUCGUGACCCCAGAAAGCCUAUAUUUCUAUAUAUUGCCUACCAAGCUGUUCACUCACCGCUGCAAGCCCCCGGCAGGUAUUUUGAACACUACAGAUCCAUUAUCAACAUAAAUAGGCGGAGGUAUGCUGCCAUGCUUUCCUGCUUAGAUGAAGCAAUCAACAAUGUGACCCUGGCCCUGAAGACUUACGGUUUCUAUAACAACAGCAUUAUCAUAUACUCUUCAGAUAAUGGCGGCCAGCCCACAGCAGGAGGAAGUAACUGGCCUCUCAGAGGCAGCAAAGGAACAUACUGGGAAGGGGGCAUUCGGGCUAUCGGCUUUGUGCAUAGCCCGCUUCUGAAAAGCAAGGGAACCGUGUGUAAGGAGCUUGUGCACAUCACCGACUGGUACCCCACUCUGAUUUCACUGGCUGAAGGACAGAUUGAUGAGGACAUUCAGCUGGAUGGCUACGAUGUCUGGGAAACCAUAAGUGAGGGCCUUCGUUCGCCCCGGGUGGAUAUUUUGCACAACAUUGACCCCAUUUAUACCAAGGCAAAAAAUGGCUCCUGGGCAGCAGGCUACGGGAUUUGGAACACCGCCAUCCAGUCAGCCAUCAGGGUGCAGCACUGGAAACUGCUUACAGGAAACCCUGGCUACAGUGACUGGGUUCCCCCUCAGUCUUUCAGCAACCUGGGGCCCAACCGAUGGCACAACGAACGAAUCACCUUGUCGACCAGCAAAAGCAUAUGGCUGUUCAACAUCACAGCCGACCCCUAUGAGAGAGUGGACCUGUCUCACAGGUAUCCUGGAAUCGUGAAGCAGCUGCUACGGAGGCUCUCGCAGUUCAACAAAACCGCAGUGCCUGUCAGGUACCCCCCCAAAGACCCCAGGAGUAACCCUCGGCUCAAUGGGGGAGUCUGGGGACCAUGGUAUAAAGAGGAAUACAAGAAAAAGAAGCCAAGCAAAAAUAAGGCUGAGAAAAAGCAGAAGAAAAGUAAGACCAAGAAGAAACAGCAGAAAGCAGGCUCAUUUUCAAAUUGCCGUUCCGAUGUUUGCCAUCACCGUGGAUAAGUACACGUUUUUUCCUGGCUGGUUGAACCUAAGUCAGUCUUAGUCUUUUAGCUGUUUUCUAGGUAAACCAGCAAAUCUGGCUCGAUAAUACCACGGCCGUAAGCACCAGACUUACUUUCGUGUGUCGGCCACGGGGAAAACAGGGCUAUUCAGUCCCAAAGGUGCUACCCUUGCGAGCCACACUUGGAGGAGAAUGGAGAUGCUUAUUUCUUUUGCUCCUUUGUGAAAGUGCUCGUUAAGGAGUUCAGCUGUUGUGUUUCGGUCAACGGACCAAACACUUGCUUUAAACUGCAAGCCAUGAAUAUGUUCAUUUGAUGCAAGUUACAGGGUAGCAUGAUGAAAACUACCUUUGAUCAAGUACAAAGGUUGCCUCACCUCAAAAGGCCUUGAAAAAUAUUUUUUCUUAGUGAAUUAUUGUAUCUCCAUCUUAUGAUACUUGGUUUUUUAAAUUAAUUCCAUUUCACGUAUCAUUUCCCUUCGUGUGAAAAUAAGCUGUUUCCUCCUGUGUAAACAGCUUGCACCUCAUUUUAUCACGCAUGAGGGAAUGGCAAAUGAGAAUGUUUGAGCACACUGCCAAAACGUGAAUGUAACUAUUUUCUAAACGCUUUAACAGAAUGACAUUUCAACGUAAAGUACAUAAUUUAUUUUACAGAAAAAAUAUUAUUUUGUUUUCAUAAAAAGUUAUACAAAUGACUUUUAUUUUUAUUUUCUAUAUACUGUUAGAAGUUUAUUUCAUAUCUUCAAGAUUACCAAGCACUGUAAUACUAUAAAUUACUGUAGUACUGUGUGAAUUCAUAGAAUAUAAAAAGAAAAUUAGUCAGAAAAAAUGAUAAUCAUCAUUGUUCAACCAUUAUUUUGAAUGUAAAAAGAUGAAUAUAUUCCUUACAAAUUACUUGGAAAUUCAGUGUUGUAUGGGGUUGAGAGACAACUUUAUUGUUUCUGUCAUAAACACUUUAUUUAUGUGUCUUUAUUAUUAAAAUGACUUAUUUCACAGCACUAGCAAAUUUAGUGUGGUUUUCCUGAUCUAGUUUCUAGAUAAAAUUAUAUUAUUCAUCUUAACAACAAAAAUCUUUACAAAUAGGCAA